CCAAAAUAUUCGUAAUUUUGUUGAACAUAAUAUAUCUCAUAAAAUGUAAUUCUUAUAGAAAUGUGUCAUUUUAUUGGAAUCCGGGUUGUGACAGUGAAAAAUGUAUAAAAAUUAAUGAUUCUUAUAUUAAUUUUAUACAUGUUGUUUCACAAAGUACAAAUGAUGAUAUCCAUUUUAUAUGGACUACCUUUGGUGUUCCAUCUUUCUAUCUUUUCUACACCUCACAUAAUACUACAUUAGAUGUUAACUGGCUCAAAUUUUUAUCCAAUAAUCCUGAUCAAGCCAUAAUUUUUAAUGGAACUAUAAUUUAUAAAUUUGCAUUAUUUUUUCCAAAUUUAAUAGAGACAUAUCUUAAUAAUACCAAAUUUGAUGGAUAUAUAUCAAAAAAGAAAAGAGAAAUUAUACACCCAAAUAUAACAAUUUCUUAUAAUUUAACUGAAGUUAUAUGGGAAGAUUUUAGAAAAACAUAUAAUAUUCAUCAAAAUUUUGGAAUAUUAAAAGGACACCAUAAUAAAUCAAACACAAAUAUAUCCUUUAAAAUAUCAUUCUUCGACAAAGAUUCACGUUCUACAAUUUACCCUCAUAUGUUAUACACAGUAAACUCAACUGAGUUUUUGUUGACCCUCAAUCAAACAACUCACUACCAUGAAAAUGAAUCAUUAAAUCCAGAGAUUGACAAUUUUGAUUUGCAUCAUGCCGCACCAUCUCCUGAUCCUGUUAUAUUCUCUAAACCAAUUUUGAGUUUGAGAAUAGUUGUCAUUGAAAGUAAGUUCCCCAAAGAUUUUGGCGAUGACAAUUAUUUUUAUCCAAACAUGAUUCAUAAUACUACCUUUUGCAUGGAGAGCGAAGAUAGAGAUCCAUUUAUAUAUCUUAUCAAAAAAUCCAUAGAUGAUGAAUACACUCCGGGCCUCUUUAGGAUCGAUGAAAUCAUUUCUAAAUCUUCUCGCAGGCAGCUCUCUGGCUACUUGCAAUGGAAACCUCUUUUCUUUGACAGACUCUUUCCUACUAAUUAUAGGGAUUCAAAACCUGUCAGCCUAUCCCAGCUCAAAUCCUGCGUCGUGUCUAAUCAAUUCUCAAACAACCACUCCUCAUUGAAUUACUCUCUUCCCUCAUUCUUGCAUUCUAUUUUGGUGGACAGAACAUUCCGUAAUAUAUUUCCCGUAUGUAGUAAGAACGCCAAUCUGAUCCUUCAAUACGGGGACAUGAAUUUUAUUUCCUCCGACUCCAGCUUAGGAGGCUCGAAUGAAUACGAUUCCACAUCUUUGGCUCAAUAUAUAUCGUGGCAAUGCGUUUUAGGUUACGGCCAUCCGCCCAAGGACUCCAUAUCGUUUUUCAUAAUUUUAUUGAUUAGUUUCGGUUUCGGAGUACCUUUAUCCCUAGUCUUUUUUGCUUACACCUUUGGUACCCUCAAGAUCUUGAAGAGUCUCAGAGUUGAUGGAAAUGAUUCCGACUCCAAGGAACCUAGCGAUACGGCAUACUUAUUAGCGCCGGAUAUUAACAAAGACUCGUGAACGAAUUUUGGAGGAUGUUUGCUUAUAAAUUUUUGAACCAAUAGAAUGCUUUUAUUUUUAUUAUUAUUACAUAAUCACUUCUUACAGAAAUUAGAAUUUAAAAACAAGAUUGUGUUUUUAUAUAUACAUUUAUAUUGUAGAUUAUUUAUUUGAAAAAAAAAUUAUUUUACAAAUAUUGUAAAUAAUAAAAUUUAAUAUAUAACGG